AUGAUUCAUCAGUAUCAUCUCAGCCAAAGUUGUACCAACAACAACAUCACCACCAGCAGAGCCUCUCCCGUGAUGGUGAAUAUCCUUGCCAUGCUGAACCAUCAUCAACGUCGUAGAGAAUUUCAUAGAACUCUUCAUAAUAAUUCUACUGAUGCCGGAGACCAACCAGACUGGUCCUAUUGGGUGGCCAAGGAAUCUACCGAGUCGACUCCAUCAAAUGAAAAAGGUUUGGGAGCCUCACAAAGUCUUUUUGACUUGAUUCUCAACAAGGAUGAACAGUCUAACCUAGCCUCUUCGUACCAACGCAACGAAACUCUUGAAAACUUUUUUGCCUCCCAAACCGAAGAACGCUUGCAAACUGAACAAUUUGAAUCGUUAGAAAGUGCAUUCCAAGAUUUUAAAGAUUUAAUACAGCCUCCUUCAAAGCCUCAGGACUUGAGCCAUUCAUACCCAUUAAAAUAUAAUAGAGAACAGUACCAGGACCUAGAAGAAAGAGUAAGAAAGGAAACUGAUGAAUUACUUAAAGGAUUAACCAAUGAAGAAAUUGACAAAAUUUUAUGGGAUACUCAACUUGCAAACGACAUUCUAAAGCAAAAGAGUUUGAGAGAGCCCAGAAUAUCUCUUUCUAAUUUUGAAAUUAGGAACGAAAUGGAUGCGGAACGAAUGGCUUUGGACCAAUUCCGUCGCGCCUUUAAAGGUUUAAAACAAAGCGAAGAAAAUAUGUCUUAUGUUGAGAGAAAGAUUAAUUUGUUAACAAAAUCAUACUCUUAUCACUUACAACAAAAGAAGAGGGAUCACAUUUUGGAAACAGAGAAAGACAAGAAGGAACAAAUGUAUAAUGUUUUUAAAAAACAAGCCGAUAACAAUCCAGAAGCAUUCAAGACGUUUGCUGACUCUAUCUUGAAGAAACAGACUGUUCCUAUUGACUUUGUCCUUCAAAAUUAUGCAAAUGGUGUAACCGUAGAAGAAAUUACCAAAAUGAUUUUGGCACAAGAAAAACCAGAGCUAGCAAAACCAAGUUACGAAGUCGAUCAUUUUUCAGCCAUUAGAGCGGUAGUUCAAACGUUCAUUGAAGCUAGACAAGAGUAUUGUAGAGAAAUUCUGGGUGUAAAAACUGGAAGAAGACACGCCACUGGUUUCACUCUUUAUGCUGAUAGAGCUGUUAGUAAGGAUGACUCUCUUGGAUAUAUUUUCAAUAGACAUAAGGCCAUCCGUGAUGUGGAUAGAAUUGAAAGAACCAUGUCAAAUCUAGAUGAGAACACUCCAACCAAAGCAGAAAAGGCAAAGCGAGCCGCCAGAACUGCAAGACGUAGAUUGGAAGGACAGAGAUUGGACAAUACAAUGAAAGUCUUCAUGUGGGUAAAGAAGUACAAAAACCAUAUUUUGAAAUAA